AUGAAGAAUAUGCAGGAUUUUAUCCUCACAGGUGAAGAAGUGAAGGUCUAUGUCGGAUUUUUUCUUUUUGCUGGCUACCAUAAGCUCCCUGCUGAGAAGCUAUACUGGUCUGAAGAUGAAGAUGUUGGCAUACCAAUUAUAAAGACAGCAACUGGGACUGUCAAAGAGAAUCGAGUUGGUGACUGUCCACUACUGAGCAGCAACGAACUGAAAAAGACAGUUCGAGGAAACUAUGACUACCAGUUCGACAGGAAUGGUGCAGUCUUAUUUGUUCGAUGGCACGACAACAGAUGCGUUACAAUUGGUACAAAUUUUGACAAAGUUGAACCUUUGGGAGCAGCUACACGGUACAGUAGACAAGCAAGUAAGAAGACACAAGUGCAACAACCUGCCGUUUUGAAGUCGUAUAACACGUACAUGGGAGCUGUUGACCACCAUGACUGGUUAGUUGCAAAAUAUGCGACGGUAAUUAGAGGGAAAAAAUGGUACUGGGUCCUAUUUACACCUAUGCUGGAAAUGGCCCUCCUACAUGCCUGGCUCUUCUACAGACUAGUUCAUGGGAAAGAUGCACUGGAUUUUCUGGAUUUCAGACGUGCUGUUACAGUUACAUACCUGAAAUUAGACACUGGAAGACCGAAUAUUGGACGUCCAAUGGAAUACCCAUCAAGUCAGUUGAGAGUGAUACCAGAACAUGUUUGA